GAUUUCCAACUUAGCAUCUUGGCAGGACCCUUCGGAAAGCGAGAGCGAGGAGGAAAAAGGGGGGGAAGGAAGGAAGGAAGACAAGACAAAAAAAAAAAAAAAAGACAAAAAAAAGCCGCCCCCCUCUCGGUGCGAGGGGGAGAGAGAGCGAGGAGGAGAGGGGGAAAACGAGACAGAGGAGGGGGCGGAGGAGGAGGACGCGGUGCCAGGCUGCGGGAGCGGCGCGGAGCAAGGUGCCGCCGCUGCCCGCCGGGCGAGGGCCGAGAGGCGCCCGCGAAGCCCCGGCCGCAGCGGCCCCAGCCCGGCAGCCGCCCCCCGGUGUCCCGGGCUCCCCCCCGGGUAUAUGUGUGCGCCUGGCCAUGUCGUAUCCUCAGGGUUACUUGUACCAGCCGUCGGCGUCCUUGGCUCUCUACUCCUGCCCGGCGUACAGCACCAGCGUGAUCUCCGGCCCCAGGACCGAUGAACUCGGCAGAUCGUCGUCGGGCUCCGCUUUUUCCCCUUAUGCCGGAUCUACCGCCUUCACCGCCCCUUCCCCGGGCUACAACUCCCACCUCCAGUACGGCACCGACCCGGCCGCCGCCGCCGCCGCCGCCUUCACCUCCUACGUGGGCUCGCCCUACGAGCACCCGCCGGGCAUGGCCGGCUCCUUGGGCUACCACCCGUACGCGGCGCCGCUCGGCUCCUACCCCUACGGGGACCCCGCGUACCGCAAGAACGCCACGCGGGACGCCACGGCCACCCUCAAGGCCUGGCUCAACGAGCACCGCAAGAACCCCUACCCCACCAAGGGCGAGAAGAUCAUGCUGGCCAUCAUCACCAAGAUGACCCUCACCCAGGUCUCCACCUGGUUCGCCAACGCGCGGCGGAGGCUCAAGAAGGAGAACAAGAUGACCUGGACCCCGCGGAACCGCAGCGAGGACGAGGAGGAGGAGGAGAACAUCGACCUGGAGAAGAACGACGAGGACGAGCCGCACAAGCCUGAGGACGCCCCGAAGGGGGACCCCGGCUCGCCGGACGCAGGAGCGGCGGAGCCCAAGGCAGCGCCGGGCUGCGAGCGCCUGCAGGAGCCCCCCAGCCCCCGGGAGGCCGAAGGCGGCCUGAGCGACUCGGAUUGCAAGGAGCCGGCGGAGGAGCGGCUCGACGGGCUGCAGGCCUUGCCCAAGGCGCCCGGCGUUUCCCCGCCGGGGGGGCGCGGCGAGGAGCCCCCUCCGUACCGGCCACCCUCCGCCGCCACCACCGGGCCGCCGCCGCCCGCCGCCGCCGAGCUGCACCCGCUGCUGCCCGCCGCCCCCUCGGUCAUCCACUCGCCACAGCAGGCGGCCCUCGCCAAGCCCAAGCUCUGGUCACUGGCCGAGAUCGCCACCUCGGCGGACAAGGCGAAGGAGGCCGGCGGCGAGGCCGCGCCCCCCGGGCCCCCCGUCCUCGGCGGUGGCGCUGCCGGGGGUCCCCCGCGCCCCUCGCCGCCGCGGCCGCGCUCGCCCGGGGCGCAGUGCCCGUUCCCCAACGGGGCCGUGCUGCCGCGGCCCCUCUACUACACGGCGCCCUUCUACCCCGGCUACACGAACUACGGCUCCUUCGGGGCCCUGCACGGGCACCCCGCCGGCGGGGCCGCCGCGCCCGGCGCCCCCUUCAAUGGAUUAAACCAGACUGUCCUCAACAGAGCCGAGAGCCUGGCGAAGGAAAGCAAACUGGGCAGGAGCCAGGCCCAGGUAGACCUUUGCAAAGACUCACCUUACGAACUGAAGAAAGCCCCCUUUUAACCCCCAUGACCUGAAGAAUAUCUCCGUGUAACAGAGGCAACAUCAGGGGACUGCAGAGACAAAGAGCCUGUUUGAUACAACGGUAAAUGAGAAACGCGAGGAAAGUUGCUGCAGGGACAGAUCUGCUCAGUUUUCGGCUUUCAAUCACUUUGACUACUGAAGUGGGAAGAAUGUAGAAACUAGAUACGGUGUGAGAAGCGAAAAGAAAAUGACAAACCAAUUUUAACUUUCAUAAAGGAUCCAGCCAAACAACUUCAUUGCUACUCGAGCAAGUGAGCGCGGGAAGCGCUGGGAUUCCCGAGGCUCGGGCACACUGCAGCCCUCGCCUGCCAGCCACGUGGGGACCGCGUCGUGUCCCCAGACUGGCCUCAUUCAGGGGUGGCCUGCAGCCUAGCCAGAGCUCUGAUCGGAUUCACAGCAACUGCUUUGAGUCCAUAAAUUGGACAUCCUUUUUCCUCCCCUGAAAUAGCUUGUGCCGCUGUCCUCCCAGUAGCAGUCAACCGCUAUUUUGGGGCUGGGGGCUCUGAGAGAAAGGACUUCCUUUCCCCCCUGGAAAAGCCCACACUGAAUUACUUGUGAUUCAGUGCCCACCUGCAUGCAGGUGAGUGACAAGAUACCUUAUGCACUACAGGCUGCUGCUUUGAACAGGUUAAGACCCCCAGAAGAUCAGAAACACUGCUGACGUUCUCAAAAACUUGCUGAAAUCAAUUUGCCUGAGAUUUGGUGUCAGAGCUCUCCCCAGGACCGAACCGUUUCAUCCCUCAGCCUCCACGUACCGCUCCCUGCUCCUGCUGCCCUGAAGCAGGGAGUUGAGCUGGCCAGGGGACCUGCACCUCGCACGUCUCCCCGCGAAGGUGCACAUGCCUCAGCCGGAGCCCGCUGCCAAAAAGGCAGCUUCUCUCCUCACCUUCUGGGGCUUCGCAGAAGCACCCUCAGGCUUACGUGUCAGCAGCCCACCGUGCUAAAGACGAAGAAGGUGCAACGGGAACGUUUUGCAGAACUACUGACUGAUCACCACCUGCUGAAACAAUGUGAUAUUUCAGGCUACAGUAAAGCUAAGAGGCGCGGGAAAUGGUGUGGAGGUGCCUGGCCAUCGCUGCAGCCCGUCCUCCCCUGCUGUGCCUUCCCCCCACGCCCCUGCACAGCCCACCCUGUGCUCCUUGCGAGGGGAGUUGAGAGCUAAAAGCAGGCUCUGGGGGAAGCAGUGGGAAGCUCCUUCCUUCCGCUGCCUCUUCGCCUUACAAUUCGCCCUCUCAUGUACUAUUUCCUCCCCACGACCUGGGCUGCACCAGGAGAUGCCUGUUGGGGAGACCUCCAGGAGCUGUGGGGAGGCUGGCCAGAACCUGAGGCUGACCCCAUCAGAGCUACAGGACGCUUUCUAAAGCCACUGUACCUAUUUUGUGGUCUAGACCUCAGCCCCUGAAGUAGAAAAUCUCUCUUCUAUUUCAAGAGACUUCAGUGCAUAUUCUCUGUGGAAAACAAAUGUGGCUGUCCCGUGCUAGGUAAUACUGAAUUUUCAAACACUCCUGCUUGCAAAAUGUCAGGUGUCUAACAUAUCAAGAACGGUUAAUUUUCCAGACCUGUUCAGAAAUGCUAGAAGAAGGAAAUUCCUGGCCAAUCUUUCCCGAGUGGAGGCUGUGGGAACAAAUUACAACCAAACUUUCCUGAACCUAUUAUUGGCCUCCUUAACAAAAGGAACAUGGCACCCACCUUACAUUCAGAAGAUCAGAAAACACGUAUUUGAGCACUACCAAACUUGUAUUUGUCUGAGACACUUGUAGAUGAAAUGAUCCCCUGUAAAAUAAUGUUUAUAAACAACCUCAAAUAAACAGCACUCCCCUGACACCAGCCUCCCAUCAGUGCACUGCUCAGCAAGUUUUAUCUGCAAGUCCUUGACCUGUGACUGCUUUUACAAAGGCGCUCUGUUCAUUAGCAAUUUCAGGUCACUUUGAGUACUUGUGUCAUGAGCGCAUAGCACAGCUGUAAAAUACAUGUAUUAAGUACCAGCUGCAUUAAUAUAGGGACUUAUUUUCCUCCACUUGGCUCCCAAAAGCAACAUGAUCUUACACGCUGAUGAAAAAAGACAUAGUUAUAUUUGCAUAAUUACAGCAAUAUUGUAGGUCUUUAGUGCAACAGACCUAAGAGGUUGAUUUAUGAUUAAAUAUGUAUGGCUAAAAGUUACCAUGCUCGGUAGUGUGCAUAGCAUUAGACAAUGACAGUUUUGGGGCAUAAUUGCUUUAAUGUGGGCAAUUAAGACUAAGUGCAUGUGAUUUUAGUGUCUGCCCUACAUUCCUCUGAAUGAUUACAAUGAUCAAUA